GCUAUAGCGCUAGGGCGGCAGCAGGAGCAGCAAAUGUUAUAGUUGAAUGAAAGUGUGAGAGUUCCAUUGGCUGGGUGCAUGGGGCCGUGCUGUUCUUUUGUACUGUUCCUAUACCAUAAUUACUGUACAUUGUGCGCGCAGGGGCUGUGUGAGAAAGUUUAUAUAUAUAUAUAUAUUACGAGUGCGUGCUGCGUCCCUCUCAUGUAUCCAAUACGGAGUAGCGUCGGGCUGUGAGUAGAAGUGCUGCUGGGGGAUAUGGAUCACAGCAGGGGAGAUUCGGUGGAGGCAGGAGAGGAGGAAGAAGGAAGAGGAGGAUGGGACAGCCGCUCAGCGGGUACUUGCUCAUCUUCAUGCACCGACUGCAGCAGCUACUGCUCCAGUGACCUAGAACCAGAGUGGCUGGACCGUGUACAGAAGAAUGGGGAACUUUUUUAUCUUGAACUAAGUGAAGGGGAAGAGGAAAUUCUUCUUCCCCUGAGUCCUCUGGAGCCUGUUGGGGUAAACCAUGUACGAUUUAGUGACAAUGAAGCAGAAAUUCUACCUGAAGACAGGAAAAAUGUAAGGAAAAACUCAGAGCCACGUUUUAGAAAGCUUGCAAAGAUGUUGAAGAAAAAGAAUAACAAAAAAGGAUCAGCUGAGUUAAAUAGGCAAGCCUGCCCAACCUCUAUCCUCAAGCAGAAUUCCAGACAAAAGCCAGGGAUAAUUGUGCACUACCAGUACAGGGACACUUGCUUGUAUGUUAAUCCUGAUCAUUUACCUGAAGAUGAGCAUAAAAAGACCAGUAAUCUUCUACAGGCUUUGAUUGGCAUUGUUCAUCAGUCUUCAAGGAACAGUAAGAGAAGUGAAAGACAAGGGAGUCAAGAAUCCAACCAAAGACUGUCAAACCAGGAAAAGCUUGUUGUACAUGGCUUUAUUCCAGGCAGCCCAGCUAUACGAUGUGGUCAGGUUCUAAUAGGAGAUACGCUAGUGGCAGUUAAUGAUGUAGAAGUACAUGUGGAGAACAUAGAGAGAGUUUUAUCCUGCAUCCCUGGCCCUAUGCAGCUCAAACUGACAUUUGAAACACCGGUUUUAUAUUCUGGCAUGGGACUAAAGAAUCAGAAUAACCAAGCACAGACAAGUAUUAAUGAUCUAGCAUCACUAGUUUGGGGAGACGAGCAUACCAACUCCCAGCAGGAUCUACAACACAUGCCUCAUAUUGUCAUGUAUCUGACUCUAAGGCUGGACUCUGAAACAUCAAAAGAAGAGCAAGAAAUUCUCUACCAGUAUCCUGUCUCAGAUGCCUCCCACAAACUGAAAAGUAUAAGAGGAUUAUUUCUCACCCUUGGUGAUAUGCUGCAAAACGUCACCGGUGCACCUAUUGUAAGUUCUUCCCUUAUUUUGAAUGGCGAAUUAGUUCAUGUCUCUUACUGGAAAGAAAAUGAUAAGUUAUUCCUUAUUAGUGUUCCUGCACAAAGGUUCCCUCUGUUGCAGCUAAAGAACGUGACUGCAGACCUUGUGAGAACCCUGAAGUUCAUGUAUAGCACUCUGGACAGGGCUUUUUGUCAAGCUGAAAACAUUUCCCGCCUUGAUCAUUUCUUCAGCCUGUUCUUUCAGCGUGUCCUUCGAGUGUUCUUGCUAAGUGGCAUUACAGGUUAUGGUCCCCAGUUUUAUGAUGCCUGCAGCUCACUGUUAGUGGAAAAUCUCCCUGGUGUACGAUGGCUUUCUUUGCCUGAAGAUAUUAAGAUACAGAUUGACACCGUGCUGAGUGAUUUGGAGGCACUUGAUUUUGCAGAGCUGUCUGAAGACUACUAUGAGAUGAGGCGCUUGUAUAUGAUCAUAGGAACAUGCAUUUUCUACAAGGGCUACUUACUCAGCAACCAUUUACCCAAAGAAGACCUUGUGGAUGUUGUCCUUUAUUGUCGUCAGUAUUGCCUGCUUGCUUUAGCAUCAGAGAGGAUUGGCCAGCUAAUCAUAUGGAGGGAGGUUUACCCACGUUACCAUCUGAAGCAUUGUGGAUCUCCUGCUACUGAGGAAUGCUCUGAGCCAGGGGGAAGAUAUUUCCUGCUAAUUGUAGGAUUGAAACACUUCAUGCUGUGUACCUUGCUAGAAGCAGGGGGGUGUACAUCUAAGGCAACUGGGAACCCAGGUCCAGAUUAUAUAUAUGUGGAUCAAGUCAAGGCAACACUACUACAGCUGGAGAUGUUAGACUUGAAUUUAGAGGAAAGACUUGGUUCAGCUCCUAAUCCAUGCUUGUCUUGUGCUGACUGGUUUCUCCCAUCUGCGAGGGACAAACUUGGCAAUUUUACAAGCUCCAUUGUUUUGAACAAACUUCAGACUCCAAAAAGGACAACAUCCCCAGUUAGUAAAAGAAGGCUUUUUGCAGAGGCGGCCUCUUCUCUGAGGACUCGUAGGCCGAGCCCUACUCGGAGUAGUGGGGGGUCAGACAGUGGCACUGAUGGUGCAGGAGAGAGUGUUGGUGUUAUAACCCAUUCCAGCCCAGACAUGGCAAGAAAAUUUGGGAGGCGUGAAUCCCUAGGGUCCGGUGGUUCAGAUGGAAGUGGAGGAAGUGGGACUUUACUCAAGAUAAACAAGAAGAAGUAUUCACUUCCAAAUCCAUUUAGUUCUGCAAGCCUUAGAAAGAACUUGUCAGAAAGAGAAACUGAUGAUAUUUAUAACACUAUCAAGUUAACUUCAGGUCCUGAAAAUACGCUCUUCCACUACUUAUACUUUGAAACUCUACAAGGGGUUUUUAUCUCUCCAACACACAAAGAGGUAGAACAGCUUGGUGGCUCCAUUCAUCCUCAGCUGAUCAAAAAUUUCCAUCGCUGCUGUUUGUCAAUCCGGUCUGUAUUUCAGCAAGCCCUAAACAAAAAGAACUCCAAACAUAGUGAUUCUAAGGCCUGUGUGGAUGUUGCAGGGUUUGAUCCCAUUAAGGAACAUGGAGUUUUAUUUGAGUGCUCUCCUGAGAAUUGGAAUGACCAGAAGAAAUCACCCCCAACCAUGUCAUACUGGGUUGUAGGGAGACUUUUCAUGCACCCACAGCCGCAGGAGCUCUAUGUUUGCUUUCACGACUCCGUUACAGAAAUUUCUGUUGAGCUGGCCUUUAAGCUUUCCUUCGGGAUACCUUUGUAGAAUUACUACGGCUUACUGUUGCCUCUCUGUGCUUACUACAUAUUGUACAAGACUUAUCAUUGAUUCUAAAAUACACAUUUUUUUAUUUGCUUUUCUAUUUCAUUUCUUAAACUCUAAUAAUUCGCUGUCAAUUAUUGUCAAUACCCCAGCCUGUACUAAAAUGUACAUAUAAGAGGUGUUGGUUCUAUGGAUUCAUAUUUUGUAUGAAAACAAAAUGCUACUUAUUAUUUUUAACAGAAGAACAGAUCUUGUUUGCACUUAUUUGUAUGUCUCUGGUACAUGUGUGCUUAUUAGACAUUUUAUUUAAGGAUUUAUUCAGCCAUUCCUGAGCCUUUGCUUUACAUAAAUACCGGGGGAUAUAUAUAUAUAUAUAUAUAUAUAUAGAUAUAUAUAUAGAUAUAUAUAUAUAUAUAUAGAUAUAUAUAUAUAUAUAGAUAGAUAGAUAGAUAGAUAUACAUACUGUAUAUCUUUUUUUCAGGUCUAAAGUUUUAACAGCUUGAUGAGCUCCUAAAUUAUAUCAGUUCUGUUAAAAAAAGAAACAAAAAAAAUAUUUUGAUGAAUAAUAAUUUGUAUUUUGAUUCAUAGUUUUAUUAUAUGUCCUAUUAAAUUAUUUUUUCAAGUAGA